UAGACGUGUGUCUGCUCAUGAGUUUAGCUAGCCAACGUCGCCAUGACAUCGACUAAAAGCUAUAUCGGACAUUUCUAUUAGAGAAGCAGUUUCUGCUUAUCUUCAUAGGUUACUGUCUUUGAUUUGACUGCGUUUUCAUUGGACAGAGCCGGGGACCGGAUGACAGCUGGGGCAGGUUGGCGGGUGCGCAAGGUAAACGGCGAGAAUGUUGGUCCCUGCGGGAUGAUGAUGAAAAAGAGACUGUGGCGAGUUGUGACAGUGUGCCUACUUGUGUUUUUACCGUGUUGGCACCCCACUAAGUAUGUUGGCUGCACAGAGCAGCCCCCAGAGGCUCGGAGCAUGCCUGCACCUGCUCAGGACAGCAGUGGAGAGGAAGACCCAGACGACAAGUCCCAUCACAGGGGUGUUGUUCAGGUAGAGGAGGGCUGGGGGUCCCAGUAUGUCCAGUACCUAUCUGAAGAGGAGGCGCUGCCAGAGGGAGAGGAGGUGGAUACACAGCAGCAGGGCCUAGAGGAGGAGGAGGAGGAGGAGGCGGCGGCGGCGGAGACUCCAGGCACAGAGGUGGACGACAAGGAGCAUGUCAAGUGCCGUGAUGAUGUUUCCCAGACGUUGGACCUGGAGGAUUCUGUAGCAGAGAAGGAGCAAGAGACAGCACGGCCAGAGGCCCGGCCAGAGGCUGAGCAGCCACUUCCAGAGGCUGUUGUCACCCAAGAGCAGAAGCCAACCCCCGCCUCUGACCUUUCCCCUCCACCAUCUGCCCCUGCCCUCAACCCCAUCCCCGAAGACCCCUCCAGCACCCCUAGCUCAUCCUCUAGUGUACCAGAGGAAAUUGUGUCUGAUGUCCCUUUGUCAGAAUCCAGCGAUGCUGAUCUGGCCAUAGCCGACUGUGAAGCUGGAGAAACCAACCCCUUUGACGGCACCCUCACCAGUCUUCCCGUUGUCCUGGAGAACACAUCCAAUGCCCUGGGAAAGGGCACCAAGACUGACAUAGACCCCCCUCCGGCCCAGGCAGGUCAGGCCUUAGUGGGGCUGGCUCAGGGGGCCAACGCCUCCCACAUGCUCAAAGAACAGGGCUUGAUCUCACACAUCGCCACAGAGACAGUUCCCACCGUGGCAACCAAGGACCCGGAGGACAACCCCACCUUUGACGAGUGGAAGAAGAAAAUGAUGGAGGUGGAGACAGAGAAGACUCAGGCCACUCAUACCUCCACCAAUGGCGGCUCCCACGCUGUAAAGAAGGUGCAAAAGAACUUCAACAACUAUGCAUCGGUGGAGUGUGGGGCAAAGAUCCUGGGUUCUAACCCAGAGGCUAAGAGCACUUCGGCCAUAUUAAUGGAGAGCAUGGAUCAUUACAUGUUAAAUCCCUGCAGCAACAAGAUCUGGUUCAUCAUCGAGCUGUGUGAUCCCAUCCAGGUGAAGCAGUUGGACAUCGCUAACUUUGAGCUCUUCUCUUCCACACCCAAAGACUUCCUGGUCUCCAUCAGUGACAGGUACCCAACCAACAAGUGGGUGAAGCGGGGAACUUUUCAUGCUCGGGACGAGCGCACUGUUCAGAGUUUCCCUCUGGAUGAGCAUCUGUAUACCAAAUAUGUCAAGAUGUUCACCAAGUACAUAAAGGUGGAGCUGGUCUCUCACCAUGGAUCUGAACACUUCUGCCCUCUCAGUCUCGUAAGGGUGUUUGGAACGAGUAUGGUGGAGGAGUACGAGGAGAUCGCUGACCCCCUAGACAGACCGGAAGACCAGGAUGGCGACCAGGAUGACCACCUCGAUUAUCCUUCUGGAUAUGUCCCUGUAGAGGACGAGGCGUCUAAUGACCUCAUAGGAUCAGCCAAGGAUGUCAUUCUGAACAUGGUGAACAACAUUAAAGUCAACGUGCUGGGAGGAGGACCAGGGGAAGGGAACUUCUCAGGCCAGGCAGUGAACAUGACUGCCAGUGAAUCUUCAUCUGACCCCGACACCACCUCCGCCGUCAGCCCUGUGCCUGACACUGUAGGCGUUGAACAGUCUGAGGUACCAGAACACCCUGUCACUACCACAGAGGAUCACACACCAGAGCCCCCUACUCCAGAACCCCCUGUCACAGAGGAACCCAAACUAAAGAAUCUAACUGGGGAGGAGCCGGUUGUGACUCCUAUAGAGGAGGGGGAGGUCCAGUCCAUAGUUACCUUGCUGGAGAAGGAAGAGGAAGGGAGGGACAGAGAGGUGCACCAUUGCCCUGGCCUCCGACAGCAAGAAAGCCUUGACUACUGUGGCCUGUCUUCCUCCUAUCCUUGCUCCUGCUCAGCCUCCUUCCAGGAGUACCUCCUCCACCAGUGUUCCGUUCAAAGGACCUGCACCAGCCAGGAGAGGGAGCCAGAGGCACCCCCAGUCCCAGGAACCAGCAUCACCCCGUCACAGCAUCUCACCAUCUCCCCCACGGCCACUCAGACCCCACAGCAGCCCCACACUCUGGGGGAACAGCCUCAGGAGAGAGAAGCCAGCUCUGCCCUCGGGGAGAGGGCAGCAAGUCCCACUCAAGCCCCACCACACCUUCCAUGGGUUGAGACGGAGGCAGUGGGAGAGAGAGAGCCCAGCACUGAGCUGCCCCACCUGGAGCCCAGCCAGCCCUCCAGCCUGCCCAGGCCCAGCUCCACCGACAUUGCCAGCUCUGCCACUAGGCCCACCCCUACCAUGGAGCCUUCACACCAGGCCUCCUCGAAAGAUCUGCCCGGGCAGAAGCAGCCCGACACUGGGGCAGAGAAGAACCGGGAGGUGCAGCAGGAGGAAAACAGCCAGCCUUUUCCCACUGUCACCACCACCACCUCCUCCAGCCCCAGUGGCCCACUAGAGCAGAGUUGGAGAGCCCCUGUAGAGAGGCCCUGUCCAGACGUCCAGCCUGCCAAACAAGACAUCCCGGUCAUCCACACCCCACAUGUGCCCGAUCCCCUCCCCACUGUCUUCAGCCCCACAGAGCAGCAGCAGCAGCCUCCUGCCCCCACAGCUGAACCAGAGAGUGCUGCUGGCAGUGGCAACACUACUCCUGGGGAGUCCCGCUCUAUCCCCAUCGUGGUUAUGACAGAACCCCCCUCGCGUGGCCAGACUGUCGCAACGGAAACCAAGGGGGAAGCAGAGCUUGUGGAGGACAUCCUCUUCACCUCGGCGCCCAAUGGCAACGGACAGCAGCUGCUUCCCCCACCCUCCCCCUCAGACUUCUACGCAGAGCUCCACAAACCCACGGAGCAGGCGGUCGGAAACCCGAUGCACGGCUCCACCAGCCAGAAGGAGUCUGUGUUCAUGAGGCUCAACAACCGCAUCAAGGCCCUGGAGAUGAACAUGUCGCUGAGCGGACGCUACCUGGAGCAGCUCAGUCAGAGGUACCGAAGGCAGAUGGAAGAGAUGCAGAGGGCUUUCAACAAAACCAUCAUCAAACUGCAGAACACAUCCAGGAUAGCAGAGGAGCAGGACCAGAGACAGACGGAGUCCAUCCAGUCGUUGCAGGGCCAGCUGGAAGACAUCACACAGCUGGUUCUCAACCUGUCUGUCGGAGUCAGUCAGCUGCAGAGCCAGGUGUCUGAAAGGCAGAGUUACCUCCUGCUGUGUCUGGUGUUGUGUUUGUUCCUGGGGUUGCUGCUGUGUGUCCAGCACAGUCGCAUGUCUGCCAUUGAUCCUCCCUCCACAGACCCAGCGCCUCCUAUACCCAAGAGCUACAGCUACUGCUGCCCAGAGAGGCGUUUCUGGGAAUAUGAAGACAUGAGCUUGAAGAGAGGAAUGUCAUAUCCUCUCCUGCACUCGGGCUCCUUCCAGUUACCCACCACUGAAGGUCCAGAGUCACCGCACACUGUUGAACCAUUGAGUUUUCUACCAGCUAAUAAAAAGAAGAAACGGAGUAAGAUGAAGACCGUGGAAACCUUGAAAUGCACUGCACUCUGCGCUCCUCUGCUUGCUCACGGAGCACCCGUAUGUAACGGUGGUACCACAGACCCUACACCCCGCAUGGGGCGUCUCAGCCACCACGCCUUCAUGGACCCCCCUUCCGGGGGCAGUUCAGAGAGCUCCUCCCAGUCGGACGAGCCCUCCUUAUGCGGCCUUGCCGCCACCUCCUGCACUCGCCUCUGUGACGGCCUUCCCCCACCCAGGAGCAGGGCAGAGAAGCGGGCGUUCAAGCGGCAUCGCUACAAGCCUGGGUGCGUGGUGGCGGAGGAUCUCCUGCAGGCCCCGCAGAGAGAUGCAACACCCAUAACCCCCACCCUGCAGGACCUCAUGGGGGGAGGGAAGGAGCUGUCUGCAGGGAUGUUGGGAGUGACUGCGCUCUGAGGUCCUGUCGGACCUAGACUAAACUCUCCUCGUGUCUGCUCCUCCUGAAAACAGACUCUGGAACAGUCACCCCCUGGAACAGUCACCACUGAAAGGAGGGACGUUGUCAUCCCUUUAUACACAGGAAGCUUUAGGCCAGGAAUAAGACAAUCCCUAUUCGUCCACCUCCCAACCAGUAUGUUAUGUUCUCUGUUGAACCUUUGUCAGGCUCUGAUGUUUCUUUCUUGCUUUGACCAAUGGAAAAAAAAAAUAUUUUCCAUCUGUCCUUCAAAAUGUUGUUUUGUUGUUGUAAAUACUGUCAACCCUACAGCUGCGCCAUGUAACAAUCAAACCUACAAAUAAUAGCCAAUGUCAAUGAUGGGCUAAAGGAAUAUAAAAAAAAAUAGUUUUGAAGAUGCUUUUACUGGGGAGUGUCUUCCUAGUGUCUUCCUGUACUGUAUCCAGAUAGAUUCUCAUUCUCUGAAGUUGAAACCUUUUACAACUGUUAUGCUUUUACCAGCCCAGCUGCUGCUUUUACAGUACACAGGGAUGCAAGACCGCCUACACUGAACAAACAUGUCAACGCAGCAUGCCACAAAGAUUUCUGAGUUACAAUUCAUAUAAGUAAAUCAGUCAAUUUAAAUCAAUUCAUUAGGCUCUAAUGGAUUUCACAUGACUGGGUAUACAGAUAUGCAUCUAUUGGUCACAGAUGCAGUACCAGUCAAAAGUUUGGACACCUACCUUUUUCAAGGGUUUUUCUAUAUUUCUACUGUUUUCUACAUUGUAGAAUAAUAGUGAAGACAUCAAAACUAUGAAAUAACACAUAUGGAAGCAUGUUGUAAUCAAAAUAUAUUUUAUAUUUGAGAUUCUUCAAAAUAGCCACCCUUUGCCUUGAUGACAGCUUUGCACACUCUUGGCAUUUUCUCAACCAGCUUCAUGAGGUAGUCACCUGGAAUGCAUUUCAAUUAACAGGUGUGCUGUUAAUUUGUGGAAUUUCUUUCCUUAAUGCGUUUGAGCCGAUCAGUUGUGUUGUGACAAGGUAGGGGUGGAAUACAGAAGAUAGCCCUAUUUGGUAAAAGACCAAGUCCAUUUUACAGCAGGAACAGCUCAAAUAAGCAGAGAGACACGACAGUCCAUUACUUUAAGACAUGAAGGUCAGUCAAUACGGAAAAUGUCAAGAAAUGUGAUUUAUUUAGAAUUCAAGGCACGCUUAACCAGCAUGGCUACCACAGCAUUCUGCAGUAAUACGCCAUCCUAUCUGGUUUGCGCUUUGUGGGACUAUCAUAUGUUUUUCAACAGGACAAUGACCCAAAACAUACCUCCAGGCUGUGAAGGGCUAUUUGAUCAAGAAGAAGAGUGAUGGCGCGCUGCAUCAGAUGACCUGGUCUCCACAAUCACCCAGUUGAGAUGGUUUGGGAUGAGUUGAACCGCAGAAUGAAGGAAAAGCAGCCAAUGAGUGCUCAACAUAUGUUGGAACUUCUUCAAGACUGUUGGAAAAGCAUUCCAGGUGACCACCUCAUGAAGCUGGUUGAGAGAAUGCCAAGACUGUGCAACGCUGUCAUCAAGGCAAAGGGUGGCUACUUUGAAGAAUCUGAAAUAUAAGAGAUUUUGAUUUGUUUAACACUUUUUUUUGGUUACUACAUGAUUCCAUUUGUGUUAUUUCAUAGUUUUGAUGUCUUCACUAUUAUUCUACAAUGUAGAAAACAGUAAAAUUAUGAAAAACCCUUGAAUGAGUCCGUGUGGCCAGACUUUUGACUGGUACUGUAUAUACAGUGCAUUCUGAAAGUAUUCAGACCCCUUGACUUUUUCAACAUUUGUUUAGUUACAGCCUUAUUCUAAAAUGGAUUCAAUUAAUUAGUUCCUCAUCAAUCUACGCACAAUACCCCAUAAUGACAAAGCGAAAACAGGUUUUCAGAAAACAGAUACCUUAUUUACAUAAGUGUUCAGACCCUUUGCUAUGAGACUUGAAAUUGAACUCAGCUGCAUCCUGUUUCCAUUGAUCAUCCUUGAGAUGUUUCAACAACUUGAUUGGUGUCCACUUGUGGUAUAUUCAAUUGUUUGAAAAGGCACACACCUGUCUAUAUAAGGUCCCACAGUUGACUGUGCACGUCAGAGCAAAAACCAAGCCAUGAGGUUGAUGGAAUUGUCCGUAGAGCUCCGAGACAGGAUUGUGUCGAGGCACAGAUCUGGGGAAGGGUCCCAAAAACUGUUUGCUGCAUUGAAGGUCCCCAAAAACACAGUGGCCUCCAUCAUUCUUAAAUGAAGUUUGGAACCACCAAGACUCGAAAGCUGGCUGCCCAGCCAAACUGAGCAACCGGGGGGAGAAUGGCCUUGGUCAGGGAGCUAACCGAGAACCCAAUGGUCACUCUGACAGAGUUCCAUAGUUCCUCUGUGGGGAUGGGAGAACCUUCCAGAAGGACAAUCAUCUCUGCAGCACUCCACCAAUCAGGCCUUAUGGUAGAGUUGCCAGGCGGAAGCCCCUCUUCAGUAAAAGGCACAUGACAGCCGGCUUGGAGUUUGCCAAAAGCCACCUAAAGGACUCUGACCAUGAGAAACAAGAUUCUCUGGUCUGAUGAAACCAAUAUUGAACUCUGAUCUGAAUGCCAAGCGUCAUGUCUGGAGGAAACCUGGCACCAUGCCUACGGUGAAGCAUGGUGGUAGCAGCAUCAUAAUGUGGGGAUGUUAUUCAGAGGCAGGGACUGGGACACUUGUCAGAAUAGAGGGAAUGAUGAAGGGAGCAAGGUACAGAGAGAUCCUUGAUGGAAACCUGCUCCAGAGUGCUCAGGACCUCAGACGGGGGUGAAGGUUCACCUUCCACCUUCCAACAGGACAAUGACCCUAAGCACACAGCCAAGACAAUGCAGGACUCUCUGCAUGUCCUUGAGCCCGGACUUGAACCCCAUCGAAACUUAUAAUAGUUUUGCAGCGACGCUCCCCAUCCAACCUGAUAGAGCUUGCGAGGAUCUGCAGAGAAGAAUGGGAGAAACUCUCCCAAUACAGGUGUGCCAAGCGUCAUACCCAAGAAGACUGAAGGCUGUAAUCGCUGCCAAAGGUGCUUCAACAAAGUGCUAGUCUGAAUACUUGUGUAAAUGUAAUAUUUCAGUUUUUUUGAAGUUUUUUUAUGUGCACACAAAAUACAACCUUUUUUUGCUUUGUCUUUAUGGGGUAUUGUGUAUAGAUUGAGGGAUUUAAAAACAAAAUGGGGUGUCUUAAGGGGUCUGAAUCGCUCUAAUGCAGUUAACAUUUUACAUUCUGAUUCGUUAUUUUAAUUGGGAUUUAUUCAACCUGUAUGCAAAUGCAGUUGCAUUAUUUUUACGCCAUUCCAUAGAAUCCUGGGGUCAUCAACUACACUUCUAUUGAUCAUCAUUAAUUAAUUUAGUUUCAUUUCAAAUUCAAAUUGAUCCCAGAAUGUUGGAUUUUUUUUCGUGGCUCUUUUUAGGGGAAUCUGAAAUGUGCAGUUGGCAGUAGUAAGCGUGGUGAUCAGAUGAGCUCAUAUGUUUCUAUUUUCUUAAUUGUAGAAGAUACAGGUGUAGAUAAUAUAAAUCACAUUCUCGAAAUAAUGUUUUAUGCCUAUUUGAGUAGAAAGUGUACUCUCUUGCUUUUGGAGUAUGUCUUCACCAGGCAUCAAUGAGGUUGUAGUCAGACAUUGUAUGUUGGAGAGCCUUUGGUUGCGUGCGGAUUGUAGGUUGUCUUAUUAGAUGCGUCCUGAAUGUCCGAAAUGGUUUUCAUGUCCGUCCCAACAACCAGUUAGAAUCCAGUUCAUUCUAACAAUAUGCUGUUCAGUGAAUCAAAAAAAACAACAUAGAAUCAUAUGUAUUUGGAUCAUACAUAUGAAGAAAGGCAAUUUUAUUUCCAUUAUGGCUACAGUUAAGGAAAGUGAUUCUGCUUUUUUAUUAUUCGCUUUUACCCAAGAUGGUGAUUUUGAGUUUGUGUCAUCAUGAUUACACCUUUUAGUUUUUGUUUGGGGCUGAUGAAAAAAACCAGCCAGUUUAUACAAAUGGUUCUCUAUUCUAUGUGCGUCUUUUUGUAGCGGGUGUGUUUCUUGGAGCAUUGCUGUGUUGAUAUGGUUUCAUGCUAGGAUAUCAAGACAGCUGGAAUGUUUGAUAGGACAAUUUAGUCCUUUCAAAUUCCAAGAGAGAAUAGCUAGCGUGGCUGUUGUUUUUCAAAAAGGAAUGUUACGUUAUAUAAUUGUUAUCUUUAGUGUUGAAAGAAUGUUUUUGUCCAUGGAUUUGUAACAAAAAGCAAGGACCCACAAGGAAUCUCAUCCAUGGGUUGUUUCCCAUCCAGAAAGCCUUGCCUUUUAUUUAUUUAAUAAUUUUUAGAAAACGGCUGUUAACGUAACGACAUUUGGAAAAGGUCAAGACUUUAGGUCUUAAGUUAUUAACUAUCGUAUAAUAAAAUAGUUUUCUUAUUUUAAUACAGAAUUGCUCUGUUUGCUGUCAUGAUAAUGACAAAUUAAUGAAGUUCUAUUUCGAAAAAAUGUAUUUAUUGCCUUGAAUAUUCAUAAAAAGUCUAUCUUUAAGCUCUGCUGAUAUAGUCCCCAAUCGGUAUUAAAUAGAAGGAAUAGGAAAACAACUUGUGGUUACCCCAUUGAAAAAGUUUUUGCUGUGACACAAACACAAUUUUCCUGUUGUCUCCUUGUUUUAGUCCAUUACAAAACUACAUUUAAUUAAGAAAAGUACAACUUGUGUAAAGAUUA